UUGCCGAUCACUCCGAAACCAAGAUGGCGGCGCCCAUGUGCAGACACAAGCUGAUGGCAUUCAUCUGCACUAGAACCUUCCAAGUUCAACACAGAAGUCUUCCGUGGACUUUGAAGCCAGUUCAGUUUUUCAGCACCUCUUCUUCUUGCCCAAGACUCUUACCAUCUAAAUCUAAUUAUUAUAAUGAAACAACACUUCUGCAAGCAACCAACAUGUUCUGGUGGCGAAGAAGAAACGUCACAACUUUGAAAUAUGAUUGUCUCGAAACCUCUGCCAUUGGCUGUCGUAGUUUGUCCUCAUCUGCAUCGACCAAUGGCAGCAUUGGCAAAACCUUUCCCAUUGGCUGUUAUAGGUUUUCCUCAUUCAUAUCGACCAAUAACAGCGUUAGCAAGACUUUUCCCAUUGGUUGCCAUAGUUUUUCCACAUCCACAUCGACCAAUGACAGCGAUCAUAGCUCUACCAGACCUCAUUCAGAAGUCAAACUUCCUUCAAAUGUGAAGAUCAAGACUUUAGAUGCUGUUGGGCAAAGGAUCAGGCCUGGAACCAUCCACCUUUUUGACCAGGAGGGAAAGAGCAUGGGCGCUGUGCACAGCGUCCAUGCUCUGAAACUGACAAAUGAUCCUGAAAACAGUGGCAUUAGGUUAGUUCUAAUCGACGCAGAGGCGAAACCUUAUCCAGCCUACCAACUCAUGACUCCACAACAACUACUGGACGAGAGAGCAAAACUGAGGGAAGAGAAGAAGGCAAAUAAAGGAGUGGGGGCUGUGCACACCAUGAAAUUCUCCGCGGACAUCACGAAACACGACCUCUCACACAAGGUUCACAAGAUCGACAGUUUCAUUGAGAAAAAGUCUGUCGUCAAGAUUUCCAUCAGUAAUCCCAGGAAUAGUAAGAAAACAACAGACGAUAUGGUGAAGCUAGCAGACAACAUUCUGAAGUCGCUGACUAACAAAGCCGUGUACCAGACUCCUCCUAUACUGAAGGGAACUGCAGUCAACUGUGUGAUCAGGCCAGCGUCAGACAAGGACGCCAGUAUGGGCAAGAAGAAAUAAACACCAGGGACCUUUUUCAGACACAUUGUUUUUGUCUGAGGUACCACAAAUGGACACAAGAAAUUAUGACUCGAGAAUUUAUUGUACUACUACUAGCUGUAAAUCGUGAAAAGUUUUUGGUGGACUUUUAUUGGUCAGACAGCAUCCAAUGGGCCACUUGCAAAUUGACUUGAACGAUUGCAUUUAACCAAGGAAUUAAAUUGGUAUAGCCCGGAGAACAAAAACCACUGUCAUCGCUGGUCUUAAAAACUGCAUAUAAUCUAUCCCUUGCCUAGUAGUACAUAUUCUAAACCUAAGGGACCUACUGGCUAUGUGAACAAUCUUGUAUCUGCUUGAAUUUUUUAUGCUGCUCUACAGAAUAAAAUAGUUUCUUGGAAUAUGUCAAUAAAGACGAUCAUACAUUAACAUCUACAUUAUGUAUAUGAAUAAAAACAAUAAAUGUGUAGAUGUAUGCUGAA